AUGUCCAACCCUCACGAUCGAAUCAUACUGAACAGCGUGGUCAACCCGUUAUUACCCUUGGGGGAGGGUGUCUACGACGAUGAGCACGAGAUCCCGGAGACAUUAAAGGAUAACGAAGAAGACAAUCCCAAGACCAGGGAAUCUAAAGCUCUUGAGCAAAAGGCCAUCGCCGCUUGCGACGCAGGGUGUUAUCCAAAGGCAUUGGAGCUUUUAGCACAAGCCCUGGACGUGGCUCCGGAGCGAGCUGCAAUCUACAAUAAUCGAGCUCAGGUAUAUCGCCUCAUGAACCAAGACCUCGAGGCCAAAAUGGACUUGAACCGUGCCAUAGAUCUUAGUCAGGGACGAGGCCGAUCGGCCUGUCAAGCCUUUUGCCAACGAGGACUUCUGUGGAGAAAGGAAGGCAAUGAUCCCGAGGCUAUGGCCGAUUUCCGACGCUCAGCCGAGCUGGGAUCCGAAUUUGCCAAAUCCUUGUUGGUCCAACUCAACCCCUACGCGGCCAUGUGUAAUAAGAUGCUCAAGAACGUCUUCCAAGCUUUGGAGAGCGGAUCGAAUGAGGUGGAAAACCCCUUUCCAUCGAUUCCUGAUCCGUCUGGCACAAAACAGGGCUAAAUGAAUACUAGAGUAUCUGUGUUUUUGAUUCGAGUUUUAUCAAUCACUUGUAUGGUUGUGUGUUUGCAUUGAAAGAUGGAUCGAUGGAUAGUUGGAUAAAUAAAAGAGAAUGGCUUGUGCUCAGAAAUUGCAAGAUUUGAGACGCUUCACGGACCGGAUCUUGGCUCUUCUCCAGCCCCAAUCUUGAAUCGAGCUGAUGGACACAUGACUGCCCAUGAACAUUGGACGCCCCUGGAAACCCGCAUGGCGAUACAAGGCCCAACAACAAUCGCCUGAAAGACAACCAGAGAGAGCAUUAUUGAUUCAUCACCGAUACAACAUUUUGAUCUGAGCUUGUAAUGCCUCGCUUUGCAAUUGAGGAACGUGAAUAGACAAAUGAGCGGGACAAUUAAAACAUCUUCAGUGCCAAUCUAGUGUUUAGGAAGUCUUCUAGUCACCCUGUUCCGCGGGAGAUGAUGGAUCCAAAAGAACAAGAACAUCUGAUCUGUGAAUCAAAAACAACCUCUCUCUCUCUCUCUGACCAAGCCAUCAGUUCAAAGCAAUUGAAGUCAGUCAAGUAUUGAUAAAGAACGAGUGGAAAUCGCACUAUGAUUGCAUUGGAACGAUGGCAUUCGAGUGCGAUGUCUGUAAUAGCGUGUUUCAAAGAGUUGAGGACUUGACAAGGCAUGAAGACCUCGAGCACAAUGUAAUUGAGUGGUUCGAAGAGGACCUGGUCGAAUUCGUUGAUACCUCGGCAGCCUCGGAUUACCAUUGCACAUUUACUAAACGGCCCAGUGAGCCUUGGCCCGAGACCGCCGAGCCUGAUUCCGAGGCCUGCGACUCUCGGAAUCCCGAUCCUGAGAAUGGCCCCAAGAUUGACCUCGACCCGAACCCCGUGGCCACUCCUGAGGCCAAACCUGAGGCCAAACCUGAGACCGAUUCCGAAACCGAUGGUGUGACCAAUUCUGACUCUGACUCCAACUCUGACUCUGAUUCCGACUCCGACUCUGAGGUGGAUGCGAAUAAAUCCGACUCUGAGACGGAUUCUGAGCUCAACUCUGUAACCAACUCGAGCAAUAACAACUCAGGUAACGACUCGAGUGACUCUAGUUCCGACUCAGACACAGAUUCAGAGGCAGGCUCAGAGACAGACUCUCCCGAAGAUCCGGCGAUUGUCGCCCAUGAGUCAGCAACUCAAAAGGUCCUAGAACCAGCUGAACAAUUGAGACCCAUUGUCAUUGACGAUGAUGUGAACGAAAAUGGAUCCACCGAGGGCUUGAACCAAUCGCUGGAUCGACUGGAUUCAAACAUAAUAUCCGAUCAACGGUUCCAUUUCACUGUAGAGACCACGUCGUGCCAACAUUGCGGGGGGUCUUUUAGUUGUGAAUCGAGCUUGAAAGUCCAUUUGGAUUUCAGCCGGUGUUCGGGCAAAACAAACCCAUCAGAUCUUAGUCGUGUAGGACGCAAACGCCCCAACCUUCGACAGUCAACCUUGUCUCGUCGAGUGGAUUAUGCAAAAUUAGAAGGAAGCAACUCGGAUCGAGAAGAACGUAACAACUCGGAUCAAGAAGAACGCGUUGGAAAGAGAGCCAGAUUGGGGAAUAACCCGAAGAAGCAGAGGAACGGCAACUCUCACAAGAAAGGCAAGGAAAAUUCUUUUGAAGUCAGGUGCGAUGAGUGCAACGGUGUAUUCCCUUGCAUGUCCAAGCUGGUUCGUCAUGUAAGUCAGGUUCACAAAUCGGAUCGUCCCUUCUCCUGUAAAGUGUGUGGACAAGGCUUCAAGGCUAAUAACCAUCUUACACGUCAUGAAAAGCUCCACCUGCGGCCUCUGAUAAGUUGUUCCCAAUGCUCGGAACAAUUCGCAACGCCGUGGCUCCUCCAACGGCAUGUUGAUACCAAGCACAAGGUGUCCAAAUGUGAUAUUUGUGUCAGAGUCUUCAAGUCAGGCAAGGAGUUGUACCAGCACAAUCAUACUUUUCACCGCAAGACACCAGAUGGAGGUCACGCAUGCAAAAUCUGCGGCAGGCCUCUUUCAUCCAAAUUGCUCAAGGAGAUGCACGAAAGGACCCACUCCACAGAUCGGCCUUUCAAUUGUAACCAAUGCGAUAAGACCUUCAAGCAUCAGCGCAAUCUUGAAGGUCACAAGAAGACGGUCCAUAGCGAGAUCCGCCCAUUCACGUGUUCCUUCUGCGGGGACGCCUUUAAGAAGAAAUCUCAUUUGGACGCACACUUGAGAGUUGCUCAUACACCUUGAAUUUUCUAAUUUUCUACCUUCUUGAUCAGUGUCCAAAGGCACACUCAAGAGCCACUUACUGACUCAUUCACUCACUCACCAAUGGUAUUGAGGGAUUUCUGUAGACCGCGAAGUCGAACUUUCGAGCCGAAGAUGGAAAACUUGCGUCCUCGGAACGCUUGGGCCUUGUGCAUCUCCAACGCGCAGUGAUGUGAAUCGUCGAUCCCAAUGGAGUUGUCCAAAGUGUCCGUUGAGGACCAACCCAGGAACAAACUCAGGGUGAAUAAGAUUGCUGCGAUCUUCAUCCUCCACCUAGAGUGAUUCGUGCUGGAGGUUC